AUGGCGCGCCGAAACUCCAAAGUUUCCGCGUCCGCGACUCCCGCAAUCGCUGACCUUCCUACCAACGACCAGCCCGACGACACAAUGAGCCUCGACGUACCCGAACAACUCCUGACGCCAGAGAAUAGCCGCUCGGAGACUUCUAGCAACAAUGAAAACGCGUUGGUCGAGGAGAAAUCCGCGCCCCGCCGGAGGUCAACACGUGUAGCACGCGCAUCGUUGCAGGCUACCGAGACGCUGGAGGCUACAGCUGUUGAGAACGAGGACGCUGCUGCCUCAACGAGCCAGGCCUAUGUCGACAGCAUUGCCCAGGCUAAGCGGACUCGUUCCUCGUUGCGCCACAGUAUUGCUGUGAUGGAAUCCUCCCUGCAAAACGGCACUCUCCCCGAAGACGAUACUAUCAUGACCGACAGCCAUCCAAUGGCCCCCGACACCCCUGUUUCGAAGUCUUCACAGGAACCACAAAUUGAAGAUACGGCUACUUCGCUCCAGCAGCGCAAUUUGCGAAAGCGAGUGGAAAAGGCCUUGGCCGAGGAUACAGCGACACCCAAGGCUAAAGAAAUCCCCAAGAGCGAUUCUCGCAGUUCUGUGCGCCGCUCAACUCGCCUGAGUAUUGUGGAUAAAGCAUCUGAUCUGUUAGAUCGUGCCAACAGCGUUUUGGGCAAGCGCUCACGAGACUUGAAUGAGAAGGGCAAGGAAGUCGGUCGACGUGCUAGUCUUCGGCUUCGAACCGUUGCACCAGUCAAGGAGGAUGCACCUGCCCCAGCACUUGAGCCUGCUGCGAAGAAACGCCGUGUCUCAGAAAGCGAUCUGUUCAAAUUGCGCGAGAAAGAAGCGAAGACUCCUUCAGAAGAGCCGGCUGCGCCAGCUCCCCCGCCUCGGUAUAAGCCUAAGCGGUGGUUAAGUCACGGCUUGUACACGGGGCAAGAACCCUCUGACUCGCCUCCCAAGCAGCGUCGCAGCAAAAAUUCUGCAAAGACCACCACUGGCCCCUCUCAGCGCCGGCUUCUUCCCAUGCCCAUGUUCACUGGGUCCCGCAUGGUCAGCAAUGGCCGAGACUACGUACUCCCAUUUGAUAUUUUCUCGCCGCUCCCACCAGGUCAACCAAAACCGGAUGAAUGGCGGAAGACAAACAAGAACGUUUUUGUUGGAGAUGCUGCUAGCGAAUGGAAAGCCAACAAAAAGCUGGAACUGUCUACUUGCAUGUGCGAGGAGGAUACCGGCUGCGACGAGAACUGUCAGAACCGCUACAUGUUUUACGAGUGCGACAGCGGCAACUGCAGACUCGGUCCGGAGUGUGGAAACCGGAAUUUCAACGAGCUCAAGCACAGAACUAAGGCUGGAGGCAAGUACAAUAUUGGUGUUGAGGUGAUCAAGACCGCCGAUCGUGGGUAUGGUGUCCGAAGCAAUCGUACCUUUGAACCCAACCAGAUUAUUGUCGAGUAUACUGGAGAGAUUAUCACGCAGUUUGAGUGUGAAAGGAGGAUGCGAUCUGUUUACAAGAACAACGAAUGCUAUUACCUGAUGUAUUUUGAUCAAAACAUGAUCAUUGACGCGACUCGGGGCUCUAUUGCUCGCUUCGUCAACCACUCUUGUGAGCCAAAUUGUCGGAUGGAGAAGUGGACUGUCGCUGGCAAGCCACGCAUGGCACUCUUCGCCGGUGAUCGUGGUAUCAUGACUGGUGAGGAGCUGAGCUACGAUUACAACUUUGAUCCUUACUCCAAUAAGAAUGUUCAGCAGUGUCGCUGUGGGUCGGAUAACUGCCGAGGCAUUCUUGGUCCGCGACCAAAGGAUAAGGAUCAACGAGCCAAGCUGGAGGAGAAGACCCAGGCUGCCGAGAAGGGCAGCAAGAAGGUUAUUGGUAAAAAGAGAAAGCUAGCAGCUGCAGAGAGCACAAUCUCGCAGAAAGGGAAGAAGCGCAAGCUGCUCAACCCCAAGUCGAUCAAGGCCGGGGUCAAGAAGGUGGUGGCCAAGGCCACUGCUCGCGGGAAGGCGGCUGCCAAAAAGACGACCAAAGCUUCGGCAACCUCUAGUCGAGGAAAAGCCGCAAAGGACGUUAAAUUGCCUAAGGUUAAGGCCGCGUCAAGAAUUAAGGCCGCGGUCCGCAAUGGACCCCGUGCGAAGGCGAAGGCGGCCAAGACGGCCAAAGCCACAGCUGCCUCGUCAGUGAAGGGGACACCCCCGCUCAAGCGGCCGUCCCCCGAGACCAAGAAAAAGAUUCUUGCGCGUGCUAAGGGCACCGGCCGCCCAUCUCCCAAGAAGUCCCCUGCCAAGGCCAAGAAGACUGAGGUGCAGUCUCCUCGUAAGCCUGCUGGAAGAAAAGCGCCAACAAAGAGCCCAGUGAAGGCUCGGAUGCCCGUUUCCAAGGCCAGAAAGUCUACCACAACUUCUGGUCCCAAGGUGAAGAGGACAUUUGGGGGCAGCGUGAAAAAGGUCGCGAAAAGCGUUGUUCGCACUGUGAGGGGGAAGAAGAACUAA